CGCCAGUCCUCUGUUUUGAACCUCGGCCGAAUUUUCACUUCUCAAGUAUCUCGUCGGCAAGUAAAAGCCCCGGGGCUCACAUAUCAGUUCCACGUGUUGUAUUUAUGAUCAUUCGUCGUAUCGGAACGUUAAUCGCCAGACGUAUUUCCCAAUUUCCCCUUCCAAAUCGUACCUCAUUAUAUUCAUCCGCAGCUUCAAAUCGCAGAAUCUCAAAUCAUUUCGAAGGAGAUGAAGAAGGAGGUAGCGCGGCCUACCGGCUGGCACUUAAAUUCCAGCGGCCGAAGACUGUGCAAGUGGAGCGUGGGUCGCGAAAUCGCGUCAGCUUAAUAGGAACAGUGGAUGUGCCUCUCACGGUUAUGAAUACCAAGAGCGAUAAGUUUGGGGUUCGGACUCGGCUCAUUAUAAAAAAACCCUAUGAUUCUGAUAGAAGAUUCAAGUAUUUAAAACAGGAUAGGGUUGAGAAUGUGGAACGAUAUGGGGAGAAUUUGUAUGGAGCACGUGAAGCCUGGGGAUUUUUUUUGUAUGUUUCAGGGUUUUUGGGUUCUUUCUCUCAGGCUAAUGUAGAUAAGCAACUCAUAGUAUAUUACAAGGUAAAUGUGACAGAGUUGAAUUUUGUUUCCCAACAAGGUCAAAGAUCAACCACCCGAAAAUGCGAGGAAUUAGAACCGGAACAAGAUCCAGGUGAAGCUGGUAUGGAGAGGUAUAAUAGCCCACUCUACUUGUGGCAAGUAUUUUUUACCAGCCUGUCCGAAUGGUGGGACAAUAGGAAAAAAAACCCAUCACAGCCAGAUUUUAAGCACAAAGAUACUGGCGAAGCUCUCUGGUUGAAUCCCGAUGAUCCUCCUUGGAUUAGAAAGCAACUUGAACUGCUUGAUUCAAGAUUAGCACAAGGUGCAGGUGACCAAGUAAGUUGUCGUAACUGUAUUUCUGAAUGGGUGUAUGAUGAGUAGGAUAAAUCUACAAGACUCAAACUAGAAGACAUGUAAUAUCAUUGGAGGUUCACUACUGGAUAGCUGCAAUGAAAGACUGGAAACCACAAUGCUACUUAUGGCGAAAUAGAGAUAAUAGUAGAGCUAUAGUAUUGUGGUUAACUAGGAUCAUGGUAAUUAUUGAAUUGUACAACACU